CCUUUUGUAAUUUUUGUACUUCAUUCAGCAGUUUUUUGUUCUCGUUUUUCAGUUUUGCUGUAUUAGCUCGACGACGUCUGGCGCCUUCGGUCUUGCGCAAGCCACCUUUUGUUGUUGAUGAUGCGAAAAUUGUCGCUGUCAGUGCUGGUAGACAUCAAGGUAGAACUUUAAAAAGUGGUGAUCUUUUACCUUUGUUUAAUAAUAAUAAUUUAGAUAUUGAUUAUAAUGAUAAUCUGGAAUUUGUAAUACUCAUUGAUAUAAUACUAAAAUUUAGAACAAAUUGGAAAAUACAAGUAUUAUUAAGACCACAAAGUAAUCCUAAUUAUUUAAAUAAUAAUGAUUUAAUGGAAUUAUUAAAAACAAAAUGGAAGGUUCAUUUUUUAAGUAAAAGAAUGAUUAUAAGAUUAGUUGGUCCAAGACCAAUAUGGGAAAGAUUAGAUGGAGGAGAAGGUGGUUCUCAUCCAAAUAAUAUACACGACUGUGAUUAUGCUCUUGGUAGUAUUAUUUUGACUGAUGCUAUGCCUAUUGUAUUGAAGGUCCAACACAAGGUGGGUUUGUUUGUCCUUCUACAAUUAUUUCUUCUGAUUUUUGGAAAGUUGGUGAAUUAUUAUAUAUUAAUUAUUUUAUUUU